AUGAAGUUUGCGAGUGUGCUCAUUAGAAAAAUAUCAAACCUAUCUUGUAUAAAUGAAAAGCUUGCAUGUUUGCAGUUUAAAUGUGCGAAUGGGGAAAAUAGGCAUGGCGUGAUUUUGUAUAUUUACAAUUUGAUUAAGGAAUAUAAAUUGGGAUUUAUGGAUUCCAGAAUUGAUAGUGGUAUAGAAUAUUCUAUGAUUGGAAUUUCUAAAAACGAAAUACCCAGCUCGAUUCUUCCAAAAUUUGUUUAUAUUUUAUCCAAAUCCAUGAAAAAGCAUCAUUUGAAGCCAAUUUAUGAUCAUUUUGUUUUUUCAAUACCAUUUAUUCCAAAUUACAUCACAUAUAAUUUAUCACUAUCACUAAUAAAAAACGGAUUUUAUCACGAUAACACAAUAACUGGCGUUUUAAAUGAUUAUUUAAUUGGUUUAAUUGAUAAUAUUGAUACGCCUGCAUUACUAUCUUUGGCUCGUUUAAUUGAAUUUAUGCAUCCAAAAAGUUUGGAUCCAGAAAAUGUGAAAAUAAUCUUUGACAAAGCAAUGAAAUAUAUCCAACAUUUUGAUUCAUCUGCCGGUGAAUUAUUGCUUAUUUCGAUAAACUUCUUGUAUCUUGGAGGAGAUAUGUAUGAUAUAUUUCCUUAUAUAUCUAAUAUUUUAUCUAAACUAAAUCUAAUUGAUCAUCCUAAUUUGAUAACAUUUUGCGAUCUCAUCUCAAAAAGAUCGAAGAGUGAUCAUGUUCUCAAGUUUAUGAAUGAUUCCUACAGGAUUAUUAUUGAUAACAAAGAUGUUAAUGACGCUUUAAAGUUUCGUUUCUUCCAAGCAUUUAUCAGAUUGGCCACAGCAAAUGAUAGUGAGGCAGUAUCGAAUAUGCUUAAAUGGAUAUCUUAUGGAAAUUUUGCUGACAUAAAGAUUAUACGGUUUCUUUCUAACCUAUCAAAAUUAUAUAAAUCGAAUGUUUCUAGGAGUGAAUGUAGAAAUUUAGCCAAAGAAAUUGUGCCUCAUAUAAAUCUCUUAAUUGAUGAUGUAGAUUCUUCUAAUCUUUCAAUUGUAUCACAAUCAAUGAGCAAGCUAAAUAUUUCUUUACUCACUUCAAGAAUAAACUUUGCCUUUAACAAAUUAUUGAAUGAUAAAUAUUCAACAAUACCCGUAAACGAUUUCAUAAAUGUGUUUUGGUAUUUAUGUAAAUUCAACGGAUUCGAUAAAUCUAGCUUGAAAUCUACUUAUAGAUUCAUAAAAACAGGAGUUUCUGGAUUUUCGAUGAGAGAUAUCUCUCAAAUCUUAAUGGGAUUUUCGAAAAUUCCUGUAUGUCCGCCAUUUAGCACGUUUUCAUCUAUCUCUCCUUCAUUACUUGUAAAUUUAAACAAAUGCAAUUCACUGGAUAUUUCAUAUCUAUUAAUCGGCUUGAAUAACUUGAAAAAUAAUAAUAUUAGUAAAGAGUAUCUGAAGAUGGUCAAUUAUAUAUAUUCCAAUUCUAUCAAAUUAUUGAAAUCAUCAAACUUCAACUUCAGCAUUCAUGAAUUGGCAACUAUCGUAAAAGCUCUUUCAAACUCUAAAUAUAAAUCUCAGACAUUAUUAGCUCAAUUAUAUAGUCAAAUGUACCUACAUGGUAUAAAACUUUCAUAUUAUAGGCAAUCCGAGGUUCUAUUGACAUUUGCCUAUACAGGAUUUAAUGAUGAAUCUCUUAUUGAUAGAUAUUUACAUUCACUACUAAGUUCAGAUAAUUUAUCAUUUAAAACUAUUUCGAAUAUUUUGAUUUUUAUGUCAAUAUUUAACAGAAACAAUUAUAACGUAAUUUCGAAUUAUAAAGAUAACAUAUCGAAAUUGAUACUGCAUCGGUUUCACACCUUCCCUAAAUGGCUUAAAACUAUUUGUUUUAUAACAUCAGACCCCAAUGUAUCAGUUAAAUUAAUUGAUUUCCUAUGUGUAAAAGAUCUUGAUGAGAAGGAAUCAUACAGAUGUUUUUUAUCUUUGCCUAGAUUGCUUUCUAUCGGGAUGGAUAAAAAAAUAUUAAAGGUUUCGAAACAUUUAUCAUGUAAUGUAAGGAAAAUAAUUCCUGAAUUAUCUACGGGUGAAUUGUUGCAACUUUUGAUGGCAUGUUAUGAUUUGGGAUAUAGCAAGCCGAAACUUAUUAAGGCUUUAAGAUCAAAAAUAGUCGAAAAUUGUUGCAAUUAUCGUUUUAAUGUAUCUGAACUUGCAGAUGUUUGUGAUAAAUUGGUGUGGAUAAAUGCCUAUGAAAAGCUGCCAAAUAAACUACAAGCAUCAAUCUAUUGCCGUGUACCUAGUAGUCUACAAGAAAAAUUGACUAUAUCAGAAAAUGUAAAUAAAAAAAUUAAAUUGUUUACACCAUCAAAUCUAGGGCCUCCUAGUAUAUAA